CUCGCUCGGUGCCGCCCACCUCCCUUCAAGAUGGCAGCCGCGCACGGGCCUUGGCGGCUGCGGGUAUCACCGUGGAGGUUGUGGCAGAUCCCGAGAUUUCCUCAAAAUUCGGCGGUAGGCCUGGGUCUGCGAGCGAUUACUCAUUCCCGGGGAGACGGCCCAUACUCGAGCACGGCGCUCUACGAGCUGCUCGGUGUCCCCUCUACCGCCACCCAGGCGCAAAUCAAGGCGGCUUACUACCGGCAGAGCUUCCUCUACCAUCCGGACCGCAACUCGGGGAGCGCGGAGGCUGCCGAGCGCUUCACGCGCAUCUCCCAAGCCUACCUGGUGCUGGGCAGUGCCACCCUCCGUCGCAAGUACGACCGCGGACUGCUUAGCGACCAGGACCUACGCGGACCUGGCGUCCGGCCCUCCGCGACGCCCGCGCCCGACCCGGGUGCGCCCCGCACCCAGCCGGCCAGCUCCCGGGCGCGCGAGGCCGGCGGGGCUUCUGCCGGCGCCAACCGCACCAUGUUCAACUUCGAUGCCUUCUACCAGGCGCACUACGGAGAGCAACUGGAGCGCGAGCGGCGCCUCCGGGCCCGGCGGGAGGCCCUUCGCAAACGGCGAGAGGACCAGGCCAAGAAGGGGUUCCAGUGGGAAGAAACCCGAGACACGACGUUCGUUUUCCUUCUCCUCAUAGUAUUCAUCCUCAUCGGCCUUCGUAUUUAAUGGGAGAGAGGAGGAAAGGAGAGCUGUCCAACCAGCCCCAAGAAAAGGGCCUUUCCUGUUCUCUGAACCAUUGGCCUUGCAUAGUCUACCUCUCUGCUGGGGUUCGAAGGCAAGGUGACCCUUUGCCCUCCCGAACCCGCCCAUCCUAACAGGUAACCUGCACAUCCUUCCCUGCGGUUCAAAAAAGGAGGAUUUUUCCGAUACCCAAGAGGCAGGCCCCAGCAUGAAAAGUCCCGAAGGCCCGGAAGUGGAGGGUUUUCUGGAGUCCCUUGGUUGCCUGCUUCCAGAGGUUGCCUUCCAGAUGUUGUCCACGUCACUUUUGAACACUUGCUCUGGCUUGAUGGUAAAGCCCUGAGCAAUAUUUUUUUGCUCCUGCCCCGUAUUUGUGUCUCGGGGCUCCUCUGUAACUUUUGAAACGUGCAAUAUGUCCAGUUGUUGGCUGCCAAAAGAAAAAUUCUGGGACUGUACAAAACUUGUCUUUCUGUGUGUCCCCCACACCACAGAUGUGAACCAUCCAGGGUAAGAAUGUGGUCUGUGGAAAGCUUGCCAUUCCUCAAGGGUCUGCCUGACACCACUUUUCCCUUCUGUUGGUGGCACUUGGAAGAGGGAAAACAAGGUCAUCAAGCAUAAGGAGUGUGUGCCCGUUUCCAUAUGUAGCUAGUGUAUGACCUUGGAGAAGUUUGUUUCUCUGUGAGCACAAGAGCAAAGGAGUGAAUCAUUCACCCUCCUGAGGUCUGUCACCCUUUAUUAACCACAGUUCUGGCCCAUAGUGAUUAUAGCAUGAUGGUAGCAGGGCAGAGUUCACCUUGGGACCAUGUGCCUAUCAUGCCUUUAUUAGCCAGUCUAUUCGCUAAGUGUGCAGCCCAUCUCCUCCAAAAAAUAGAGACUGAGUCCCUGGAGGAUGACCCAUACUCCUGUUGAGCUUGCAAUGGUUAUCACAGACCCCACAAGCCAUAUCCUUAAAACCAAGCCAUUAGAGGCUGUGGGAAACUUUGGGGGUUUGGAGUAGCCAGGCCUACUGGGGUCACCAGGCUUGCUGGUCAAGGUGGAGAGUGUGCCUCGUGCACAGCUGGAUGAAGGGUUUUCUUGGGUAUGUGGUUUUUCUCUUUGGCACUGAGCAGCUGGGCAGUAAGGUUCCUUUGGCUCACCACCUGUGGGGAGUGAGAAGGCAGGGUUGGGGAGCUUUUAUGCAAGGAAUUGAGUAUAACUCUGUGGGAGAGGAAAUCCCUUCCAGGACACCUAGGCCAGGAGGGCCCAAGUCUAGGGUUUAAACAAAGCCCAAAGUGCUUACGUAUGUUAAUGGCAACUCCUGCUCUUGAUGUUGUAAGAGCCCUGUAUAAAUUGGGGUAAACCCACACAGUCCAGCUUGAUCUCAUGAAAACUAUUUGAUUCUUUUGUCCUGGAGGUGGGGGUAAACUAGUCAGCAGGUUCCCAGUGAUCAUGACUCGUAGUAAAGAUUGAAACCCAUGGAAGCUCUGAGCUGCUUGGCUCUGAGCCUUGGUUUUCCUGGUAGAGAAUAUAUGUACUUUUUAAAAAGAACAUUUAGUGUUAUUAUGUUUCAAGUUUGGAAAACAAGAGGGGAAGUCUGUUCUUUUUGAAAUAUAAACUAGGGGAAGCAGAGCUUAGCAGAAAGUGCACAAGUUAGUGAUUUCCCAGCCCAGAAAGCAGGCCUGACCGUGCUUGAGCAGGGGCAUGCUUGAGCAGGGGCGUUCGGUUUCCAUCAGAGGGGUUUGAGCUCCUUUGUUUGGGUUUGUAAAAGCACUGGUGAUCUAUAACAGCAUGGACCCUUGACAUAGACCUCACGUUUGUUUUCUCUCAGCCAAGAAUGUUUCCUGUGGCGUAGAACCCAUAGAUACAUAGAAUGUUACAGGUUCAGACUGGGGGAUGGUUUGCUACGUGAAAAUUCUGGGACUUUCCAUAACAUUCCACGCAUCUCUGAACAGGGUAGUCUAUAAAGUUUAUUAAGCAUUGUCCAA